AUGGCCGUCACUAUCACCUCCGCUGGCCGGUCAAAGGAGGAGCAGCAGAAGACCGUCUCUGCUGGCCCUCCAGACGGCUCAAUCGAAGACCACUUCUUCUGGACAUACACCGAAGAACCGCAUAGGACGAGAAGAAAGGCCAUCAUCAAAGCUCAUCCGGAAGUCCUGAAGCUAUGCGGCCACGAACCUCUGACGAAAUAUCUGGUGCUCGCCGUCGUUUCUCUUCAGGUUGCUUGCGCCUACUUGCUGCGCAAUUAUUCCAUCUUGUCAUGGCAGUUUCUCGUUACUGCGUACGUCGUGGGAGCGACCGCAAACCAGAAUCUCUUCCUCGCCAUACACGAGAUAUCACAUAACCUCGCCUUCAAGUCGCCGCUCGCCAACCGACUCCUGGCCAUUGUCGCCAAUCUACCCAUCGGGAUACCUUACUCUGCAUCAUUCCGACCAUACCAUCUUACACACCACAAGUCGCUUGGUGUGGCCGGUCUAGACGCUGACCUUCCAACCGCCCUCGAAGCGUUCUUCCUCGAUUCUCUCCUCGGAAAAGCGUUCUUCUGCACCUGUCAGAUCCUCUUUUACGCCAUCCGGCCCAUGUUCAUCUAUACUCCCAAAUUCACACAUAUCCACCUCAUCAACAUUGUUGUGCAGAUAGCGUUCGACAUCGCAUUGUAUAAAUCCACAAACUCCCUUCAGCCACUCUACUACCUCAUCCUCAGCUCCUUCUUAGCUGGCUCCCUCCAUCCGUGUGCAGGCCACUUCAUUGCAGAGCACUACUUCUUCUCCGGCGUAAAGACAGGUGGGACUGAGCCCCUUCACACCCUUCGACAGCAAAAGGGACAGCAGGCCGAGGACGUCAAACCCACCGAUCCUUCUCUCCCACCACCGGAGACGUACUCUUAUUAUGGUGCUCUGAACAUUCUGACGUAUAAUGUUGGUCUGCAUAACGAGCACCAUGAUUUUCCUGCCAUCCCUUGGUCGCGUCUCCCCGAACUACAUGAGAUUGCAAAGGAGUUUUAUGAAACGCUGCCGUGUCACCGUAGCUGGGUCUGGGUGAUCUGGAUGUUCAUUCUAGACAAGGAUGUUGGUCUGUGGUGCCGUGUUAAGCGGGCUGAGGGGGGUAGAAUCGUCGGUGGCGAUGGCAAGGCCGUCAAAGUUGAUAGUGGAUGGACAGAGAACGAGAUUCAGAACUGA